GUCUAUAAACCGGUCGCCGAUCCUUUACUAAGAUCCCCGGCUUCCAUCUCCUGCGCUGCUCUCUCUCUCUCCCUCUGUUCGACAGAUGCCUUUCAGCACGUUCAUAGAAGUGGAACCGCCCAGUCCACUCCGGUACAUAAUUGGGGCCGUUGUAAUGAUGAUCGGAGUCGUAUUGCCCCUCGGAUACAUGAUGUUCCGUAACAAGCGCGGGCCUUCUUCUUCUUCUUCCUACUCCAAACAGACGUAGGACCAAGUUUUGAUUUAGUUGCAUAGAGGAAGAGAAGCUUCGAUUUCGGUUUUGGGCUUAGCUAAUGGAGGAUGUUAUUCAAAGGGUAAUGUAAAUGCAUUGAGAUUUCAAUUUUCUGUGGAAAUUGACAUGAUUACAGUCCAACUAUUAACCUUAAGCGAUGCAUUUGGUUGUCGCUUUUUCUCGAAAUCAAUGCCAUUCAACUGUAUUUUGUCAUUUAUAUUACUGAAGAAAUCUUGUGUGAUUAUUGUCUGACCCAAAUUCAGCGUUAUGAAGAUACGACCACUGAGGCAUGAAAUUACUCUUUGUUAGUCCUUUAGGUUCUCA